GGGCUUGUUGCCCGUGUAGACCAUGGCCAUUUAGGUAACCUGCAGUGUCCCUUGGUCGCCUGCACGCUGCCACAGCUCGGCUACAGCUCAACCUCUCGUCCUACCUGACAAAACCGUCGGACAUUCCCGUGCUGGUGACCUGCCAUGGAGUUGUCUUCGGCCCGCAUGGCGGCACACUUCCAGAAGGCGCUCUCAGUGGAGGAAGAUGCGGAAAAGAGGCUGGCGGCCAAUUUGAAGGAGAAUGCCGCCCUGGUGCGCACCACUGCAGGGCUGCCUCACAAGACCCGCCACCCCAUCAUGGUGCCGUUUGGGCGGUUGGCCUUCUUUGCUGGCGAGCUGGUGCAUAGCAAUGAGCUGCUGGUGCACCUGGGGGAUCAGCUGUAUGCGGAGCGCUCAGCAAGGCAGGCCGGGGAGAUCCUGGAGAGGAGGACUGGCGUGACACAAAGCAGCCUCGAGGCAGUUCGAGAGAGGGUGGCGGGGCUCCAGGAACGACUGGAGGUGGCACAGCGCCUGGCAGAAGCGGACAGGGGGGACUUCCUGGAGAUCCGCGAGGAGUACAAGGACGAUGGCGCAGCCGUCGAAGCGGCUCCUGGGCGGCAGCAGGCAGGCACUGCCGAGGCAGGGACCGUGCUGGCAGCCAGCGGAGAGCCGGGAGACCUGAGGAGGGGCAGCGCAGACGGGGACGCAGAAUUUGAAGAGCUGAUGGGGCGGCUGGAGGAGCUAGAGGCAGCGGAGGCAAGAGCGGCGCAGGGGGCCGCGGAAGCAGGAGAUGACACGGAGAUGGGGCACGACAAGGAGGACACCGGAGACGCAAUCGUAAAACGGGGCGGAGAGACAGAGAGCAAGGCCGAGCCUGGGCGCAGUGUGGCCGCCGGAAGCAGGGUGGCCCCUGGAGUGGGGAGCAAGCAGAAGCGGGUCCGCUUUGCAGAGGACAACGAGGAGCAGGGAGUGAAACAGACAGGACCACCAUCAGAAGGGCCUUCAGCUGUGAGACGAGAUGCCUCGGUAGCAGGCGCUGGCACAGCACUGGGGAAAGGGGCGGAGAGAGCGCGGCCGAUACUGGGGCAGGUGGUCGAGAGGGCGACCAGUGGAGCCGUGGGGGAAGACGGCCCAGGGAGGAGCGCUGAGGUCGGCUCUGCGGAUGACACAGACAGCGAUGCACAAGAAAGGACGAAUGAGGGGCCCGGCGCGGCGGCAAGUCGUGAUGACAGUGGGGACGGAUCCAGCGGAAGCGAAGGGAUUGGGGAGGACGAACAGGAGGCGGACCGGCGCUUUUUUGAGGAGCUGGCGGCGGUGGAGGAGGGGGGCAGCAGUGAGGACGAGUGGGCGGAGGACGAGGAGGGGGGGAGAAGCGGGGACGAGGGAGACGACGACGACAAUGAGGGGGGCCCGUCCUUCGAAACAGGGCGCCAGGUAUCCGCUGACAUCCAGCAGUGGCUGGCGCGCCGCGCACCGGCGGGCCCUGCCCAGGAAGGUGGCCGCGCCUUGACGUCGGCGUAUGCUCGCGACAUGGCGCUGGAAGAUGCUCGGACGCGGCUCAGGCAGAGAGCGGAGCAGGUGCGCCGGCAGCAAGGCCAGGGGCUGGGACACGACGGCAGUACGAGAGGCGACGAGGGAAGCGAGGAGCGGACGAGACUGGAGUCCCCGCCGGGCCGUGGUGGACGUCCAACUGACGGCGACCGCAGGCGAGGCGCAGGACUGCCAGAGCCUGUGCGCGAGACCCCGCAACGGCCUGCUCACAAGAGCGAGCACCAGUUCGCUUCUCUGCACGAGAAGGAAGCGGCUUUUCAGCGCUUUCUGUCUGAAGACUUUGCUCCAGAGGUCGCGGGACCGCCGGGAGGGUUGGGGAAGAUGGAAGCGAGGCCGGACAGGAACACUGCCCCUGUGGGCAGAAUCGUCGAGAAACAGGAGCCGCCUGGGACUGUGACGUCGCUGGCAACCUUCGAAGAGCCCGUUGCACCCAGCCAACAAGAGAAACCGCUUUCGUGGUUUAAACGGGAGAUGCAACGGAGGGCAGGAGGCGUCUGACAUGCUAAGCAGCCAAAUUAUAAGUCAAGCUCAGCCCACUCAGUGGUUAGGAGCUCGUCAUGGUUAUCGUGCUAGCUGUUCUAUUAUCACAGGAAAAUCAAAGCUUUCUUGCGAUGUCAACAGUUGGUCGACUUGGACCCGGCCAAACGUAUCCGGUAUUCUGCGAUCUACUUUUCUUGGCUACCUCAAGUUCCGCCCGGCUUUGAGAAAACUUUCAAGAAAGUUGCUGCACAUUUCUCGCAAGAAAGUUCCUUGAUUUCAUUUGCAACCUGGUCGAACUUGCUGUAGUCAUUACACAAUUUUCCAAAUGUAAUCGAACAUUGUCAUGCUGUAAUAAGGGUCGUUGUCAGACUGGUUCACUGGUUACCGAGAGAGUGACACACUAUAUAUUUUGCUCGGAUCGCUUGUUGUGAG